UUGAGAUUGAACUUUCUACCCCACAGAUAUGGGCAGAAAGAACCAGACGAUAGCCACAGAAUUCCUCCUCCUGGGAUUCUCUGAACAGUCAGAGCAAGAAGAGGUUGUCUUUGGGCUGUUCUUGGGGGUGUACAUGGUCACCAUUUCUGGGAACCUUCUCAUUAUCCUGGCCAUCAGCUGUGACUCUCAUCUCCACACACCCAUGUACUUCUUCUUGGCCAACCUCUCCAGUGUCGACAUCUGCUUUUCCUCAGUCACCAUCCCCAAGGCUCUGGUGAAUCACAUGGUGGGAAGCAAGUCCAUAUCUUACACAGAGUGUAUGACCCAGAUCUAUUUCUUUAUCACAUUCAUCAACAUGGACAGCUUCCUCCUGAGUGUGAUGGCCUAUGACCGCUAUGUGGCUAUUUGUCAUCCACUCCACUACACCCUGAUGAUGAGGCCCAGACUCUGUGUCCUCCUGGUGGCCAUACCAUGGGUCAUCACAAACCUGCAUGCUCUCUUGCACACUCUCCUCAUGGUUCGACUCACCUUCUGUUCUCACAAUGCAGUGCACCACUUCUUCUGUGACCCAUAUCCUAUCCUGAAGCUCUCUUGUUCUGACACCUUUAUCAAUGAUGUCACAGCCUUCACUGUGGGUGGGCUGACCUCUGUCCCACCAUUCAUGUGCAUCAUUGUCUCGUAUGCCUAUAUCCUCUCCCAUGUACUGAAGUUCCCAUCCAUUCAGGGGAUAAGAAAAGCCCUGUCCACGUGUGGGUCCCACCUCACCGUGGUCUGCCUUUUCUAUGGAGCGAUCCUGGGGGUCUAUAUGCACCCUUCAUCUACAUACUCAGUGCAAGACAUGGUGGCCACUGCCAUUUUCACUGUGGUGACACCCAUGGUCAAUCCCUUCAUCUACAGCCUGAGGAAUCACGAUGUCAAAGGAGCCCUAAAGAAACUCAUAUUUAGGAGACUCAGUUCUUCAAAAUUCUACAGCUAG